UUAACAUUGAUUUUUAUGUCUAACAUUGUGCUGAAAUGGUUAAAACUUUAGGGGGAGGUGGCCCCAUGCACGACACCGAACUUAAACAAGGAAAUAUUCCGGUUGUUUAUAGAAAUCUGCCAAUCUGCAAAUUUUUGUUUGUUUUAUGGUGAAUGCUUAAAACCUGGAUCCACAAUCCACAUAAGAAGAAAUGUCUCCGAACUAUUCUUUGCUUGCAAUAAAUCAGGAAAAUAACACAGGACGUAGGGUGUCAAGUAUUUCAAAUCAUUUCAUGGAGAAACAGAGUUUCAAUAUAUCUACUGAUCUACCAUCUAGAAUACAACCUGUAGAUAUACAGGAGAAGGAAGAACGGCUUCCAACCAGAUACGAUGAGGAUAUCCCGAUCAAGUAUAUCAAGCUAGCUGUUCUAGGAGAUACAGGAGUAGGAAAAUCCGCAGUAUUAGAGAGGUUUGUUAGAAAUUCAUUUUCCUCUCAUCAUGAAAGAACAACUAGAAAACAGGAAUACAUGCCCUCUCUCAUACUAGACAAUUCUAUAUUCGAACUAAAGAUUGUUGAUAUUCCUGUGAUAAACAGAUUUCCCGCCAAUUCUGAAGAGGAAUGGGAGGAAUAUCGGUUCUACGGAUUACGCAGUGCACAUGCGUACCUUCUAGUAUUUGAUGUUUCCUCUCAUCAAUCAUUUCAAUUCAUCACAACAAUUAGGGACCAAAUAUCCAGUUCUCGUGAUAUAUCCUCAAUACCUGUGAUUGUAAUCGCAAACAAAUCCGAUCUUGUUCCCACACUGUCCCCAGACCAAAACAGAACAAGGUUGGAAAAUGCCAAUAUUGUAAAGAAGACCUGGAAACUAGGAUAUGUUGAGUCCAGUGCUAAAUACAACUACAACAUAACAUACAUUUUUAGAACACUUGCUCAGGAACUAAAGAACGUGGAAGAGCACAAGACUGGAGAUAAGAAUUCAAGAAACCAGGGGAAGAAAUGUUUCCGCUGCCUUCCAUGAUGUUAAAACCCUUUAACUAGGGUAUUUAAAAAUCUAAGUGAAAAUUUCAAAAUUUACCAUUGAAAAUAUUUAUAAUAAAACAAGA